AUGAACAGAGGCCAUGGACCGCUUCACGAGCAAAAUAUAUUUCGCAACCACCGCCCGACCUCUCUUCACCCUGUUCGCCCACCCAUUCCUUUCCGAUUUUGCUCGUCGAAGCGGUCCCACAUCUACUCUAUUGCUGUAGUCAUCGACUCUGAUUUCAUCAGCGUGGGUUUGGACGAGCUUUUUGUCGAGGAAACCGUCACUCUGAAUGAUUCCAAAAUUGCGGGUCCCAAGACCAAGGCUCUGUGCAGGCGAGCCCCCUAG